UCGGCUCGAUUCGCGCUGAAUUGGCUUCAAUUUGCACCGAACCGGGCUGAUUUAGCUAGAAUUGGGCCGUAUCGGCCGGCGACCGAUAUGGCCGAAACAGGCCGGAAACGGCCAAAAUCUGCCUUGAAACUCACCGGAACAGCCGAAAUUCUGACCCUCAGAGGCAUGAUUUGGUGAUUAUGUAUCAGAUCAGGUUGUUGCUCCUGUUCGGGAGACCUGUGCACAAGCAGUAGGUGCCUUGUUUAAGUACAUGCAUCCCACAUUAGUUCAUGAAAGCUUAAAUAUAUUGUGAAAAAUGAUAUGCAGGUAACUGUGACCUAAGGAUAUGCCUUUAGUGCUAAAUAAUAUCAUUAAAGUUGACAACGGAAAAUUCUAUUUAGGAGUUGCAUACAGCAAUUUUGAUUGGGCAUAGCUGAUGCAUGUGCUCCCACAUUAUGGGAGCUAUUAGAUAUUUUAUUGUCCAAGAUUGUCAUCAUUCAAUGGAAGAAUGUGCCAAAGGUAACUCCCCAGGUUUCCAUUAUUGUCAUCUAAAACAGAUAGACUGUUAUGUCAUCCAUUUAGUAGCAUCUUGAAGUUCAUGUGAUAUCAGAAAAAGCUGGUGGUAAUUUCAUCCAAAACUGACUUUCUACUCUCUCUUCCCUAAUACUAGUAUUUUUUUCCUUUUUAGAGUAAAAUAUCAAAAUUUUAUUAAUAAAGUAUAUGAUAUUCCUUCCUUAAUAUAUUCACCUUUCUUCAAGUUUUUCAUAAAAUUUGGGCAUGAUGUUGUCUAUAGGAAAACUUGGUACUUGUAUUUCAACUGCGGUCCACUAAUGCAUGAACAGGGAAAUAAGGAAUAGGAAAUAUUCUGCUGAACUCAGUCAGGGCGGUGUAAGGACAGGAACAAUUUUCUUCCCCUACUUUUGACAAAUACCAGAACCUGCAAAUUAUGAGGCGAGUUUGUAAGUUUAAUGUCAUUUCAUAUUUUUUAAAUUGAUACUUAUGUAUAUCCCCAGUUAAAUUCAUUUAAUAUUGAUGAUGUUAAAGCCUUUCCAGAGUUGUGAGGCAGAUCUGUUUCACUACUAUCCAGCAAAGAUAGAUGUGCAAUCCCUCUCUAGAAAAAGCUACGUGGAAGAUUUGUCAGUGGUUGAGGAUUUAUUUUAACUUGUACACUUGUAAAACCUUAGAUUACAGCCAAAGCUGGAUAUUGUUGCUGUUCACUUUGAAAAGGAGGUAGAAGUAGUUGAGUGGCCCAGAGAUAAAAUUUUGGCAAAUCAACAGCAAUAGGUUGCACACAAAUCAAACAUUAUGUGGGUGGUGGCCUAAGCUCAAGUUGCUGCCUCAUCUAUCCCAACAAGCUUGCAAGAAGCUGAGAUAUCUACCAGCAGGGGUCAACUGGAACCGUAAUUUGAAUGUAUCUGCAAUUGUUGAUUGGGUAUAUUAGGUAUCACCAUCGACAAAGCAUCAAGUAAGGCCAAGGCUUUCCUAGCAUUUACACUUCAUGCCAUGGCUGCUUCCAUUUCCCAUCCAUAUAAUGAGAAAUAGUUCUAUUCUUUCUUGAAUGUACAGAAUUAAUGACAAUUCAUUCACUUUUCAAAUCUUAUGUUGUGGCUUCCUACUUAAAGUCUCCAUAGCAGUGACUUCAACACUUUUCUAGAUUAUGAGAAGAUAAAGUGCAAAGUGUUGAUUGAGCAAUGGCAAAAGUGGUCAAAAGUUCCAAUAAUGCAAGGCUGAAAAUUAUUCAAGCAUGAAGACAAAACACCAAAGCCUUCCAGAUCUCCUUCCAUUGGCAAUUCCCAACCUCUUUCAUAGAUCAUCAAGUGCAUUAGUUCUCAAAGACGAAAUUCAAGUUUUCACAUUCUCAAAGCACGAUGGCAAGGGAAAUUGUGAGCUCCAUGACUGACGGAAUUGUGAGCUCAAUGACUGGGGAAAUUGUAAGUAAGUUGAUUUCAUAUGCUACUAAGCUGAUCAGCAGUGCUCGGGGUUGCGAGGACGAGCUAAGAGGGAUUCGUCAAUCAUUAACCAUGAUUCGAGCUGUUCUGACUGAUGCUGAGAGAAGGCAAGUGAGAGAUGAGUCUGUGAAGUUUUGGCUCCAGAUGCUUGAAGAUGUUGCUUAUGAAGCUGACGAUGUGUUGGACGAGUUUGCAUACGAGAGUCCCCGGCAAAAGAUAGAAGUUGGAAACCAAAGGAAGAGAAAGGUACGUGAUAUCUGUUCAACCUCCAAUCCCUGUUUAUUCCACCUCCCAAUGGCAGACAAAAUUAAGGCUAUUCAGGAAUCACUGGUAAGAGUAGAGGACUUGGCAAAUAAGUAUGGCUUUGCUAAAUUAUUGUUAGUGGAAUCAGUAGAUACUAACAAUGAAAUUAUCCCAAACCGAGAGACAAACUCCUUUCUUAAUCAUUCAGAAGUUAUAGGAAGGCAAAAUGAUGUUUUGGAAAUAGUGAACUUGCUAACUAGUACAACCAAUCAACAACUCUCAGUCCUUCCUAUAGUUGGAAUGGCGGGUUUGGGAAAGACAACUUUCGCAAAACUUGUGUACAAUCAUGAGCUAGUAAAGAAACAUUUUGAUAAAACAAUAUGGGUAUGUGUCUCUAACGAUUUCAAUGAAAAAAGGAUUUUAAGAGAGAUUCUAGAAUCACUUACCAAUAAGUCAAGUCAAUUACAAAGUGAGAAUGCAAUACUUCAAAACCUUCAAAAAGAGUUGCAAGGAAAAAGAUACCUUCUCAUUCUUGAUGAUGUCUGGAAUGAAGAUCAUAUGAUAUGGGAUAAAUUAAGUGGUUGUUUGUUAGGAAUUAAUUCUAAUAUUGGAAACAAUAUCAUUGUAACAACUCGUAGUGACAAUGUUGCAAGAAUCAUGGAGACAAUUCCCUCAUAUCACUUAGAAAAACUACUUGAAGAUGAAUGUUGGUCUAUAAUUAAGAAGAUGGUAUCUUCAAUUCCGUUAACUCCAGAUUUGGAGACAAUCGGAUAUGAUAUUGCCAAAAAGUGUGGAGGGGUCCCAUUAGCUGCAAAAGUCCUAGGAGGGACAAUGGCUCGUAAAAAUGAAAAAAGUGAAUGGUUAGCAAUUCAAAGCAAUGAAAUUUGGAAUUUUCCAGGCGUUAGCAACAAGAUGUUACCAAUAUUAAAAUUGAGCUUUGAUCAUCUGCAAUCACCAUCUCUUAAAAAAUGCUUUGCAUAUUGUUCAAUUUUUCCGAAAGAUUAUGAGAUUAAAAAGGAAGAGUUAAUUCAGUUUUGAAUGG